ACGCACAUACAAGGGGUACCGAUUUACGUAGACGUUGAACACACACACUUGGAAGCCAAUUGGAGAGCCAAGACUUGGCCAAGUCUUUAUAAGUAGGAGCCAUCCGCGUCCUCAGGACUUACUCCCUCUCGAGAACGUGCCACGAUCGGCAACCGAUUUCCAGAAUAGUUCCUGAAAACAGACGUCGACUCGCGCGUCAUUCUUCUCGCGGCUUACGAAGGAUCGUGGUGCAACAAACGUGGAUAUUUGGAAAUUGGGAAAAAGAGACAGCCGCGAGAUGAGGAAUUAUACGAAUUAACGGAGGACUUUCGAAGAGAGAUAGUCUUUGAUUCUACGCAAGACACGCUGAAAAAAAAUCAUGUGGACAAGCUUAGUAAAACUAGGCUUCCUAACGAUAUUAAUUUCGUCGACAUUGGCCGAACCUGACCUAAAUAUCAUCGAUUUCUCCAAACUUUUAAAUAGUUUCGCGUGUAUCGAAGUAGGAUAUCAUGAGGAUCCUCACGACUGUAGGAUAUUCUACAGAUGUGUCGAUUGGGGAUUCGGAAGACCUCUAAGGAAAUUUAAAUUUGAAUGCGCUAUUGGAACAGUAUUUUCGAAAUACAAGGGAAACAUAUGUACUUUUCCUAGUGACAGCGGACGUUCUGAAUGUGGCGGAUUAGAUGAUGGCGGAAUAGAUAUAGAUACUACAACAAAGAAAAUAAUUACAAGUACAACUGCACAACUUACGACUACGACUCAAGUUACGACUUCUAUCGAAUCAUCUGGAAAACCUAGCAAUGAUCAGGGUCGAAAUCAAUGCGUUCAAGAAGGAUAUUUUCCCGAUUUAAAUGAUUGCAGAAAAUUUUAUAGAUGUGUUGAUACAGGAUCCGAAAACUUCAUAAAAUAUGAAUUUGAAUGUGGUGUUGGUACUGUCUGGGAUCCAGAUAUAGAAGGUUGCAAUCAUCCUUGGGCAGUAUCACGGGAUGAUUGUAAAACAGGAUCAAACACGGGAAAUGAUAGUGCCGGACAAGGAAAUAAUACAUCUGAUGCUAUAACUAAACCAGAAACAUCAACUACAUCAAUAUCGGAAAAUACAGAAAUGAUAGACAUAUCUGGAACUCCUGGAACAUCUGGCACAUCUGGAACACCUGGCACACCUGGAACUUCUGGCACACCUGGAACUUCUGGCACACCAGGAACUUCUGGAAUGCCUGGAAGUCCUGGCAGUCCGGGCACUCCUGGCACUCCUGGAACACCUGGUACAUCUGGAACUCCUGGCACACCUGGAACUCCUGGUACUUCCGGCACGCCUGGAACUCCUGGUACUUCUGGCACGCCUGGAAGUCCUGGCACAUCUGGAACUCCUGGAAGACCUGGCACGCCUGGAACUUCUGAUAUUUCUGGCACGCCCGGAAGUUCUGGAACAUCUGGAACUACUGAUACAUCUGGAACUCCAGGCACAUCUGGAACUCCUGGUACUUCUGGUACGCCUGGAACUCCUGGCACACCUGGAACUCCUGGUACUUCUGGUACGUCUGGAAGUCCUGGCACAUCUGGAACUCCUGGAACACCUGGAAAUCCUGGAACAUCUGGAACUCCUGGCAUACCUGGAACGUCUAGCACACCUGGAAUUCCUGGAACUCCUGGCACGCCUGGAACUCCUGGUACUUCUGCCACGCCCGGAAGUUCUGGCACACCUGGAACUCCUGGAACACCUGGAACUUCUGGCACACCUGGAACUCCUGGCACACCUGGAACUCCUGGCACACCUGGAACUUCUGGCACACCUGGAACUCCUGGUGCACCUGGAACUCCUGGCACAUCUGGAACUCCUGGUACUUCUGGCACGCCCGCAAGUUCUGGCACAUCUGAAAUUACUGGUACAUCUGGAACUCCUGGCACACCUGGAACUUCUGGUACUUCUGGCACGCCUGCAAGUCCUGGCACAUCUAGUACUCCAGGAACUCCUGGGACACCUGGAACUCCUGGCACUUCUAGCACGCCUGCAAGUCCUGGCACACCUGCAAUUUCUGGCACAUCUGAAACUCCUGGCAUAUCUGGAAUUCCUGGCAUACCUGGAACUCCUGGUACUUCUGGCACGCCUGGAAUUCCUGGCACACCUGGAACUCCUGGUACUUCUGGCACAUCUGAAACUCCAGGAACACCUGGAACUCCUGGUACUUCGGGCACAUCUGGUACUCCUGGCACAUCUGAAACUCCUGGCACACCUGGAACUCCUGGUACUUCUGGCACGCCCGGAAGUUCUGGCACAUCUGAAACUCCUGGAACACCAGGCUCUCCUGGCACACCUGGAACACCUGGCACGCCUGGAACUCCUAGCAUACCUGGAACUCCUGGAACUCCUAGUACACCUGGAACUCCUGGCUCUCCUAGCACAUCUGGAACACCUGGCACGCCUGGAACACCUGGCACGGCUGAAACUCCUGGCACGCCUGAAACUCCUGGAACUCCUGGCUCUCCUGGCACACCUGGAACACCUGGCACGCCUGGAACACCUGGCACGCCUGGAACUCCUGGCACGCCUGGAACUCCUAGCACACCUGGAACUCCUGGAACUUCUGGCACGCCUGGAAAUCCGGGCACGCCUGGAACUCCUGGCACGCCUGGAACUCCUAGCACACCUGGAACUCCUGGAACUUCUGGCACGCCUGGAAAUCCGGGCACGCUUGGAACUCCUGGCACGCCUGGAACUCCUAGCACACCUGGAACUCCUGGAACUCCUAGCACACCUGGAACUCCUGGAACUUCUGGCACGCCUGGAAAUCCGGGCACGCCUGGAACUCCUGGCACGCCUGGAACUCCUAGCACACCUGGAACUCCUGGAACUUCUGGCACGCCUGGAAAUCCGGGCACGCCUGGAACUCCUGGCACGCCUGGAACUCCUAGCACACCUGGAACUCCUGGAACUCCUGGAACUUCUGGCACGCCUGGAACUCCUGGCACACCUGGAACUCCUGGUACUUCUGCCACGCCCGGAAGUUCUGGCACACCUGGAACUCCUGGAACACCUGGCACGCCUGGAACUCCUGGCACACCUGGAACUCCUGGAACACCUGGCACGCCUGGAACACCUGGAACACCUGGCACGCCUGAAACUCCUAGCACACCUGGAACUCCUGGAACUUCUAGCACGCCUGGAACUCCUGAAACUUCUGGCACGCCUGGAACUCCUGGCACACCUGGAACUCCUGGAACACCUGGCACGCCUGGAACUCCUGGCACACCUGGAACUCCUGGAACACCUGGCACGCCUGGAACACCUGGCACGUCUGGAACACCUGGCACGCCUGAAACUCCUAGCACGCCUGGAACUCCUGGCACGCCUGGAACUCCUGGCACGCCUGGAACUCCUGGCACGCCUGGAACUCCUAGCACAUCUGGAACUCCUGAAACUUCUGGCACGCCUGGAACUCCUGGAACACCUGGCACGCCUGGAACUCCUGGCACAUCUGGAAUUCCUGGUACACCUGGAACUCCUGGCACACCUGGAACUCCUGGCACACCUGGAACUCCUGGCACGCCUGGAACUCCUGGCACGCCUGGAACUCCUGGCACGCCUGGAACUCCUGGCAUGCCUGGAACUCCUAGCACACCAGGAACUCCUGCUACUUCUGGCACGCCUGGAACUCCGUGGACACCUGGAACUUCGGGCACAUCUGAAACUUCUGGCACACCUGGAACUCCUGGCACAUCUGAAACUCCUGGCACACCUGGAACUCCUGGUACUUCUGGCACGUCUGGAAGUCCUGGCACAUCUGAAAUUCCUGGCACGCCUGGAACUUCGGGCACAUCUGGAACUCCUGGCACAUCUGAAACUCCUGGUACUUCUGGCACGUCUGGAAGUCCUGGCACGUCUGAAACUCCUGGCACGCCUGGAACUCCUGGCACGCCUGGAACUCCUGGCACGCCUGGGACUCCUGGCACGCCUGGAACUCCUAGCACACCUGGAACUCCUGGAACUUCUGGCACGCCUGGAACUCCUGGAACACCUGGCACGCCUGGAACUCCUGGAACACCUGGCACGCCUGGAACUCCUGGCACACCUGGAACUCCUGGUACACCUGGAACUCCUGGCACACCUGGAACUCCUGGUACGCCUGGAACUCCUGGCACGCCUGGAACUCCUGGCACGCCUGGUACUCCUGGCACGUCUGGUACUCCUGGCACGUCUGGCACUCCUGAAACGUCUGAAACAUCUGCAACAUCUGAAAUUUCAGAAUCUUCAAGCACUACUGAAUCUUCUGAGACUUCAGCAACAUCUACAACACAUGGGAUACCUGGAAUGUCUGAAAGACCAGAAUCAUCAAAUGCGACUUCAAAUUCUUCUCAAAUCAUUGGCACUACUGCACUUAAAUUAACAUCUACUCCAACUCCUGGUAAUACUGGUACAGAUAACAAUAAGAGUACACCAAACUCCUUAACAACACUCAGCACGCAUGGAUUAAAUAGCACUGCAACAAUAACGUCUACACCAAACACGCCUGGGGAAUUUGAAACAACAAGCACACAUACUAAACUAACAACGACCACUCUAUCCGGAUCUUCAAUAAGUGCACAUCACACACCUGAAACUUCAAUCACAUCUGAAAUUACAAUAAAUACAGAAUCUUCAAGCAUGGUUAAAACCACAUUCAGUACAGAAACUCCUGCUAGUCCAAAAUUUCCAGCAACUGAAGUUGCAGUGACCACAGAAACUCCUGGUAAUCCAGAAUCUCCACCUACUACUGAAAUCUCAGUUAGUACAGAAUUUCCUGCUACUUUAGAAUAUACAGUCAUUGAAACAGUGAGCACAAAAAUUCCUGGUAGUCCAGAAUCUCCACUCACUACUGAAACCAGAAAAUCUUCUAACACUCCAGUUACUUCUGAAAGUACAAUAAGCACAGAAACUCCAGGAUCUUCUAUCACUACUGAAGCCGCACAAUCUUCGAGCACUCCAGUAUUUCCAGUUACUCCUGAAACUACAGUAAGCACAAAAAUUCCAGAAUCUUCUAUCACUACUGUAGCCACACAAUCUUCUAGCAUUUCAGUACGUCCAGCUUCUACAGUGAGCACAGAAACUCAUAGUAGUACAAAAUUUUCAUCCACUACUGAAACUUCAGUUAAUACAGAAUCUCCUGCCACUCCAGAAUCAACAGUCACUGAAACUACAGUGAGCACAAAAAUUCCUGGUAGUUCAAAAUCUCCACCGGCAACUGAAGCCGCACAAUCUUCGAGCACUCCAGUAUUUCCAGUUACUCCUAAAGCUACAAUAAGCACAAAAAUUCCAGAAUCUCCUAUCACUACUAUAGCCACACAAUCUUCUAGCACUUCAGUACGUCCGGUUUCUACAGUGAGCACAGAAACUCAUAGUAGUACAGAAUUUUCAUCCACUACUGAAACUUCAAUUAGUAUAGAAUCUCCUGCCACUCCAGAAUCAACAAUCACUGAAACUACAGUGAGCACAAAAACUUCUGGUAGUCCAGAAUCUCCACCGGCAACUGAAGUCACACAAUUUUCUAACACUCCAGUAUCUCUAGCUACUUCUGAAGCUAUAGUGAACACAGAAACUCCAGAAUCUUCUAUCACUACUAUAGCUACACAAUCUUUUAGCACUUUAGUACCUUCGUCUACUCCUACAGAGUACACAGAAACUCAUAGUAGUACAGAAUCUUCAUCUACUACUGAAACUUCAAUUAGUACAGAAUCUUCUGUCACUCCAGAAUUUAUAUCCACUGAAAUCAUAGUGAGUACAGAAACUCCUGGUAGUCCAGAAUUUUCACGCACAACUGAAAUCACACAAUCUUCUAGCACUUCAGUACGUCCGGUUACUCCUACAAUGAGCACAGAAACUUAUAGUAAUUCAGAAUCUUCACCUAUUACUGAAACUUCAAUUAAUACAGAAUCUCCUGCUACAGUUACUAAAACCAUGGUGAGCACAGAAACUCCUGGUAGUCCAGAAUCAUUAUUUACUACUGAAGCCACACAAUCUUCUGAUACUUCAGCUACUUCUAAAACUACAGUGAGCACAGAAACUUCUAAUAAUUCAGAAUUUCCAACUAGUACUGAAACUACAGUUAGUACAGAAAUUCCUGUGACUUCAAAAACAUUAGGGACUUCUAAUACUCCUUAUUCCUUGUCUACUAGCACAUUUAUUACACAAAACAUUUCUUCGACUCUUGCUUCUGUUAGUGAGUCUAUCAGUAGCAGUGCUUCUAGUUCUCCUAUUUCUUCUAAUUCAUCUCAGUCUGCUGAUACUCCUAGUGCACCUAAUAUAUCUGUUACUCCUGGUACUUCUGGCACGUCUAAUAUUUCUUCAGGUAUCCCUGGAAGCACAAACGUUCCUGGUACGUGUACUGAAGAAGGAUUUUUCCCUGAUCCUGAAGAUUGUCAUAAAUUUUAUCGUUGUAUCGGCAGUGGUUCAUCAUUUAUUAAAUACGAAUUUUUAUGCGGUCCUGGUACUGCUUGGGAUUCUAUUCUUGAGAGUUGCAAUCAUGAUUACCUCGUUUCAAAUUGUAAAGGAUCUAGUUCAUCCAGUUCUUUGGUCACUUCUUAUCCAGAGUCAACCAGUUCUUUAAGCACUACUACAGAUCAAGAUUCAACUGACCACGAUGUUAUUAUUGCUACUACUGAAUCUAGUAUAUCUAAAGAAACAUCUUCAUCAACUGUUUCAUCUGUUUCUCCUACUACUCAGACAAUUGAACCGGGAUCCACAAGUUCUGGAACUGUUACAGAGUCAAUAUCCUAUUUACCUCCUGUAAAUAAUACUGUAUCUACUACUACUGCGGCGACCAUAACAGUUAGUACAUCUUCUGAAAUAGAAUGUAUUCAAGAAGGAUUCUUUCCUGAUCCUGAAGAUUGUCGUAAAUUCUAUCGUUGUGUCGGUAGUGGCUCAACAUUUAUCAAGUAUGAGUUCCAGUGUGGUACUGGUACUGCUUGGGAUUCAGCUCUUCAAAGUUGUAAUCACGAUUAUCUCGUUACUAGUUGUAAUGGAUCUACGGUCACUACGGAAUCAAAUUCAUCUGAAAAUGAAAUUAAUAGCAAUACUAGUCAAUCAAGUACAUCACAAACAGAAAGUAUAUCAUCGGACAGCACAACAUCUUCUUUAUUAACUAGUGGUCCAUCAGUUUCAUCGACACCAUCAUCUGAUGUUACAUCGUUGACCAACGUACAAACAAAUAUUUCAACAAUUAUUACAUCAACAGUGUCACCAUCCACUAUAUUUUCUACAGCUGAAUCAAAUAUUCCUAUUACUCAGCCUACUGUGCCAUCUUCCACAUCUGAAGCAACGAGUUCUCAAUCUACAGUAUCAUUUUCUACUACGUCACUUCCAUCUGAAACAAGUACAAACAGUUCUGAAUCAAUAUCUCCAAAUAUUACAGAAUCUGUUUCAUACUUGCCACCAGAGAGCAGUACAACGUCUAGCCAAGAAACAACUACUGUGUCAUCUCCCAUUGCAUCUGAAACAACUACUAGUUCUGAAUCUACACAAUCAUCUUCCACCAUACCACCAGUAUCUGAAACAACUACGGCCAGUUUUGAAUCAAUAUCUCCAGAUAUUACAGAAUCCGUUUCAUACUUGCCACCAGAGAGUAGUACAACGUCUAGCUCAGAAACAACGACUGGAUCAUCUUCCACUGUAUCUGAAAUAAAUGCAACUAGUUCUCAAUCUACAGAAUCUUCUUCUACUAUAUCUGAAACAAGUACGAUCAGUUCUGAAUCAAUAUCUCCAGGCAUUACAGUAUCCGUUUCAUAUUUGCCACCAGAGACCAGUAUUACACCAACAUCAGGAACUACUAUAACCAGUUCAUCUUCUGGAACAGUGCAAUGCUCAGAAGAAGGUUUUUUCCCAAAUCCGAAUGAUUGUACGAAAUUCUAUCGUUGUGUAUAUUCUCAAAAUGGAUUACAACGAUAUGACUUUAACUGUGCACCUGGUACGGCUUGGGAUCAGACUCUUCAAACUUGUAAUUAUAUUGACCAGGUAACUUCUUGCUCUUCAGACAAUAAAGAUCAUGUUCAAGGAUCUUCAAGCACUUCUGCAGUAUCUGAUUUAACAACACCUAGUAGUUCUACUAUUACUAGUAGUUCUACUAUUACUACUAUUAGUUCAAUUACUAACAAUACACUAAUUCCUACAAGUACGAGUACAACGGAAGUACAAUCAUCGAGUAGUGAAAGCUCAACUUCUGUAUCUUCAACUUCUUCGGUAUCUUCUACAGAAUCAAGUAUUUCAGACUGUACUUCGAAAAAUCCUAACAAUAUUAUAGUUUGUAACGAACCAGGUUUCUAUCCGCAUCCAACACAGUGUAACAAAUUCUAUCGUUGCGUCGAUAAUGGGAAUGGUUUUAACGUAUAUUAUUUCGAUUGUGCACCUGGAACUAUAUUUGAUCCUAGCAUUAAUGUAUGUAAUUAUCCUGAAUCAGUCUAUCCUCCAAGAGAUUGCAAAAUACCUACAACAAGUCCGUCUACUAGUACAGAACAAACAACAUUUUCUACUGAAUUUACAACGCAGUCGAUAACAACUGAAGAAAUUGAAUCUACAACUUCAUCUUUGACACAAACGAGCACAACUAUAGAAUCAAGUACGCAAUUUACUUCUGAAUCAACAAUAGAAUCUACAUCUGAAACAACCUCUGAAUCGUCUACAAUUGAAUCAACAUCUGAAUCAUCGACUUCAGAAUCCACAACUGAAUCAAAUUCAGAAUCUACAUCUCAAGUAUCAACUGAAUCUACAUCUGAAAUGAACACAGAGUCUACAUCUGAAGCAACCACUGGAUCCACUUUUGAAACUACUACUAUCUCUGAAAUAACCACAGAAUCUACAUCUGAAUCAACUAGUGAAUCCACGACUCAAGCAAUAAUCACAGAAUCAACUUCAGAAACUAUUACAACUGAAGUAAGUACAGAUUCUACUUCUAGUAUAACGAUAGAAUCAACCUCUGCAGGAACUACUGAAAGUAAUACGGAAUCCAGCUCAGAACAAAUUACUGAAUCCACUGAAAUAUCAACGACUUCAACGACAGAAUCUCAAACAUCUACUACACAAAUAUCAAUUUCUACCAUGGAACCUUCUAUUCAAACGCCAUGUCCAAUCGGAAACUUAACUGACGAACAAAUAGCACUAAUCUGUCCAACAGGUUUCCGAAGACAUCCAAAAUACUGUAAUCUAUUUUAUCAAUGUACCAUUGAAAGUAAUAUGGAGAUAAACGUACUUGUAUUAAGCUGUCCUGAGGGAAAAAUUUAUGAUGAACAAAAAAUGCAAUGUUUGUCUGAAAGUAAAGCCAGUAAACCUUGUAUUGGUACUAAAGCAAUUGGUAGAUUUUAUAGAAGAUUGGAGAAGAGUGAAGUAUCUCCUAUAAAGGUGUCGAACGAAUCACUUUGUCCGGAAGAAGGUCAUUAUCCUUAUAAAUCAGGUUGCAGCAACAUAUUCUAUAAUUGCAAACGAGAUUUCAAUGGCAAUCUUCAGGCUUACAUGUACAAAUGUCCAGAAAACUACUUGUAUUGGUCGGUUUCGAGAAGAUGCGAACGUACUAUACAAUUACCAAUGUGUGCAUUAUUUGCGCUUGAAGAUAGUAUUGAGAAUUGGGAUAAGAAAUGGAAGAUUCCAGUAGAAAAAAUUAAUUUGUCUGCCAGAAACUUAAAGUUUAUAGAUUAUUAAAAAAUAUUUUCUUUAUCUCGAUAGAAAGUUUUAAUAGUUCGAAAGGACAGUAAACUCUCAGGAUAAUUUCUGACGUUAUCUUGUUUUAUAAUUAUAUUUGAAGGAAAAAUAUUAGAAUAUAUCUAUACAACAUGGCUACGGAAGAUUUCAUAAAAAAA